CGUAGUGAGGAGCACGAAGAAGAAUGAGGUGAACACGGAAGUCAACAUCACGGAGAAAGACUGUAAUCUGUCUUUUGUUUUGUUUUACUCUUAAUUUAGUUCCUUGUCGAAGGACAUUUGUCGACUUUGUUGCAGAGCCCGCUUUUUAUUAGUCUGUAGUUCGGUCUGUGUGUUUCUGCCGUUUAUUCAAGGAUAGACGUCGAUUUUUGUCGUCAUCUGAUCGAGGUUACGGGCUAACAACUAAGCUAACAGGCCUGAAGGCCAUCUGUUCAUUGUCUACCGUUUCUUUGCUGGUUAUAUUUAUGCAAUCCCGCAUUUAGCAGCCUGUGAUUGUUCUAGGUCUUUAAAGUCGUAAACAUUACAAUAUACAUGUUGUCAUUACUUUAAGCCACAAGUGAACUGGCUACUGGCACAUUUAUUCGUGUACCCAGUCCACGGAUUGUCCUUACCAUCGGGACGGCAAGUAUAUAUUAUUAUAUAUAUAUCGUAUAGUUAUUAGGAAGAGUGGAUUACUAAUCUUAUCUAGUGGGUGACCAUGUACGCCCCUCCCGGAUCUACUGUGACUGGAGUUCGGAGGCGGAGAGGCGGCUCCUCUCUGCCCAAACAGCCGGAGCGGAGCUUGGUGUCGGCUCUGCCUGGUGCUCUGUCCAUAACAGCGCUAUGUACGGCCCUAGCCGAGCCCGCAUGGCUCCGGAUUCAUGGAGGAACUUGUCCAAGACAGGAGCUUGGGGUUGCAGACGUGCUGGGUUACAUUGACCCCAAGCUUUUGGAUGAUUACUGUGUGAACCCUCAGACCAUAUUACUGCUGAGAGUCAUCGCUGCUUUUUGUUUUCUUGGCAUCCUCUGCAGUCUGACAGCCUUUCUCCUGGAUGUGUUUGGACCCAAACAUCCUGCUCUCAAAAUUACACGCAGAUAUGCAUUUGCACAUAUUCUCACAGUUCUACAAUGUGCUACAGUCAUUGGCUUCUGCUAUUGGGCUUCAGAGCUCAUCCUGUCUCUACAGCAGCAACAUAAAAAGUACCAUGGCUCUCUCAUAUAUGUCACAUUUGCCAUUAGUUUUUAUCUGGUGGCUGGGGCUGGAGGGGCGUCGAUUCUAGCGACAGCUGCAAAUCUCUUGCGCCACUACCCGACUGAAGAGGAGGAGCAGGCCCUGGAGCUGCUCUCAGAGAUGGAGGACAGCAGUGAAACUUUUCCUGCCGAUUAUGAUAUCGCCAAUCAGUUUCAACCACCGCCUGCCUACACGCCUUAAUGUUGCCAAAUUGACUCUUUAAAAAAUCGUCAUAUAUAUAUAAGCACGGCAAUUGGCUUGAUGAGCAAAUCCACUCAAUAUUGCAAUAUCUUUGCAGUACUAUUUACAAUGAACUUUGCGUUCAGUAGAGCAUAAACUCCUUGACUGGUGCUUGAAUGCAUGAAAGCUGUCCCUGGUGGUGGAUGAACAAGGAGGGUAAUAUUCCACCAAACAAAUGUCAUUUGCAUGUAAAUGGCUUUUAAAAUGGGAUCUUUACAUGUAAAGAAAAAAAAAAAAAGACAUAAGGAGGUUUACAGUAUGACUUCUAAGGAGAGACAGUGGAAGACAGUGGAAUAAGUGCAAAUAGCUUAGCAGUUCUCUUUUGAACUUUGAUUUUUGAGCACCAUUUAAGUUUUUCUUAUGCUUGCAAUAUGUAUAGUUUUAUGUACUGAUCAAACUUUCAAUUACUUUUAAGUUUCAGGCAUUUCUUUUUGUAUGUGUAUGGUUAAAAUAACCAUUAUUUAUUUAUGAUUGUUUCUACCCUUUUUCUUAUUUCUGACUCUGUGAACGUUUGACACUGUUUAGUCUUAUUCAUUCACACGUGAAACUUGCUAAAGACGAGAAAUCAGUCCUUGCAAUAUUAUUGGAUUUGUUAUGUAUUUAUAUAUCCACAAAUAGGGAAACAUCUUUGUUUUUCAAAAAAAAAAACAUUUGAUGAAUAUUCUUAAGUUCAAAGUCCAGCUAUUGUAAUCUGUGGUUCCCAUGUCUGUCAAUUUAAGUAUGUUUUGUUUUUUUGCAUGAUUUUGUGUACUGAUUUUUGGUGUACCAGGCACCUAUAGGAGAAGCUAUUUAGGUUCCAUGGUCUAAAAUAGUGGUUGACGGUGGUAACGCACUAGGUUGUGUUUUGCUUUACCGAUGCCAUCUUCAUUUUGGUCUUUAAACUGUUGCAACACUUUCAUCAAAAGUAUGUAAAUAUUGACUGUUUAUACAUAAAAAAAGAUCAUAAUAAAUUUACUUUUAUGUUUGUCCUUA